AUGAAGUUCUUAACUGUGAAGUUAACGAAAAGGGUACCGUUUUUCCGACAUGUUACGGGUGAUUUUAUUGAAAAAAUAGAGAAGUUGGAGAUUAAUAUGGGAGUAUUUGGAAGGCAAGUACAGGAGGACUUUGAAGAUGUUUAUGUUGAUGAUGAAAUGAUGGGUGAAGAUGAAAUGUUGGAAGGUCUUAAGCGAGAUUAUGGGGAUGAGGAGUAUGCUGUUAAAGGAGUGCUACAAAAAAACGAUGAAUUAUUCAGUGAAUUCAAGAAUGAAGGAAGUGGAAGAACGAAAGAUAAAGAGCAUGGUUUUGAUGAAGAUGUAAGCAAAGGAGCAGACGAUAGUGGUAAUGAAGGAGGAAUCUAUCCGGUUAGAGCUUUGGGAAUUUAUGUGGAUAAAAAGGAUGAUGGUGGAAGUUUUAAUAUUACUAUUGUAGAAAAAGUUGAUAGUACAAACCAUCUAACUUGUUCACGGUUCUUGGAGCAUACUGAGGUGUUGGCGAAAUCCACAGAAAUGACAGAUGAGGCUGUGUUGAACAAUUAUAGAAGAGAAACGAAAAAAGGAAAAUAA